UAUUUUUGUAAUGAUAUUCAAUUCUUCUUCUGAAGAUGAACAAAUGUCAAAUGAUGGACAAUCAUUACCUUCACCUCAAACACCACUUCAACCAAAUGAGGAUAUGGAAGCUUGGAGUGAUUCUGGACAGAAUCGAGGAAUUAAUCAUGAAGGAUCUAUUGAAUUAUCACCAAUUUAUGCUGGUACUGAUGCUUUUCAAGGAGAGAUUUUGUCAAUUUCUGAUGCAGAGGAAGCUGAACCAAGAAAUGAUGGGACACCUGGGGGGUCUAUGCAAUCUUCUUUUUCAAUAACUGCUGCGAAUAAUGAAAAUUUGCGUAAACAAUCUCCUCAACCAGCUAUAUUCGAACCAUUAGAAUUUUUUGAAGAAAAGCCUCCACUCGAAUUACCUACAAAAACUCGUCUGAAAAUUAAAAUAAAAAGAUUGAAAUUAGUCGGUGAAUGGCGUUGGAUGGAUGGAAAGGGUGAUAAUUGUGGAAUUUGUAGAACUUCCUUUGAGACUUGCUGUGUUGAUUGUAGAUUUCCAGGGGAUGAUUGCCCAUUAGCAUUGGGUUCAUGUACUCAUGCUUUUCAUAUGCAUUGUAUUGUAAAAUGGACAAAUACUCAAAAUGGACAAAAAUCUGUUUGUCCUCUUUGCAGACAAGAAUGGAAGUUUGCUAGUUAA